UUGAAUUUUUUUUUUUUUUUUUUUUUUUUUUUUUUUUUUUUUUUUGUAAAAUGGGUGUUGCGGAACUGUGGCAUCUUCUGAAUCCCAUACGCGAAAGAAAAACCUUAUGGGAGUUACAAAAUAAAACUGUUGCAGUUGAUUUGAGUUGCUGGGUCUGCGACACGAAAAACAUCCAGGAAUUUUGCCCACAAAAACGUUUGUAUCUGAGGAAUCUCUUCUUUCGUACAAGCUGCCUGUUGCUUAUGGGCGUCAAGCCUGUGUUUGUACUUGAGGGCCAAGCUCCAGCUAUAAAGAAGUAUACAAUGGCUCGCAGGGUGGCGAAUAUUCAUGGUCAUACGAAAGGAGAAGCGUCUCAGCAAAGUCAACGGCGACGCAGUGGCAAACGGUCACACUUUCAGGGUGUGCUGAAACAUUGCGAGGAACUUCUUACAAUUAUGGGACUGACUUGCAUUCGAAGUAAAGGAGAAGCGGAAGCUAUGUGUGCCCACCUCAAUGAAAUUGGGCUUGUGGAUGGUUGUGUUUCACAAGAUGGGGACUGCUUUCUGUAUGGAGCUCAAAUAGUAUAUCGUAACUUUACAAUCAGCCCUUCAGGAACUGAUGGCAGUGCAGGUUUCAGUGUAGAUGUUUAUAAUUUGAAUGAAGCUAAGCAGAAACUACGACUUGGACGGGAGAAGUUAAUAGCUUUGGCUUUGCUGUGUGGAUGUGAUUACACGCCUGGAGGUAUUCGUGGAGUUGGAAGACAAGCAGUUGUUAAUUUCUUGGAUCAGGUCCCUGAUACAGGUUUGAUUUCUAGGAUACAAGGUUGGCGAGCAGAUCCUUGCUUGGCACGAUUUGAUGCAGCACAUGAGGCUGUAACAAGUGGUGCUGAAUGUGCCCGAUGUGGACAUAGCGGACGGCAACAAAGACAUGAAAAGUCUGGUUGCCCUAAAUGUCCUGGGGCUCCAAGUAUUGGCUGUGUUCAGGAUCCUGACCGUCUUCCACUUACUGACAGAAUAUUUGUAUCUGAACUAUUGUUACGAAAAAAAGCAGUAGCAGACCCAUACUUUCCUUCGGAAGCAGUCCUUGAUGAAUAUCUACAAGAAAACCAAGCAAAAACAUCUUUGCCGAUAGACACUUCAUGGAAACAACCAGACUUAAUUAAAUUUAUUAAGUACACAGGAAAGUUGCUGAAAUGGACAGAAUGCUAUGCUAUUGAAAAAUUCAUUCCACUGGUAACACGAUGGCAUCUUGUGCAUUUAAGUGAAGGUAAAAUUAAGAAAGUAGAGGCUACAAAAGGGUUUUUGAAAAUAUCUCCAAAAAUAAUAACAAAGAAAAGGAUUGUUAAAGGUAUUUGUAGUUAUGAGAUACUUUGGAAUGAUGUGGAAGGUUUUAUGAAUACCAUUGAAAUGGAUGAUGGCAUUACUAUUGACAAAUUGUUAACGACUGUGGAACCACAACACCUAGUUCAGAAAGCAUACCCUGAUGUAGUACAAGAAUUCUUGGCUGAAAAAGAAAAAUCUAAAAAAGGAAAAGAGAAGACCAAAAGAAAACAAAAGCCUUCCGUGAAAACAGUGUCUGUGCCUUGUCUCUGUGAAUCUAAGGAGAAUGGAGGUUGUCAGCAUGUUAAUGGUAAAGCUUGCCAACGGAAAAAUGCUACGAAGAAAACUGUUGUAGAAGGAUACCAUAAUAUUGAGAAGUUCUUCAGCCGGUUGUCAAUCAGUACUGUUGACAACUUAGAAACAGAUAUUAAUUCUGGAGAGUCUGCUGAACAAUACAAAAGAGCAUUAACCCCAACCUAUCAGAGUACUCCCAAACGGGCAAGUAACAAAACUGAUCUUAGAAUGAAAGUAUUAAAAAAGGGCAUUCAAUCUCUUGUCAAAUCAGAAUGUACGCAGAAAUAUAAAAGUAGUGAAGAAAGUGAAAGCAGUUCACUGCUUUGCAACUGUUCCAUUCUGUCAGAUGAAUGUGACAUGUGUAAGGUUUCUGGUGAUGAAGAUAUGGAUCUCACAUCAAUAAUUGAAGAUAUUGUAGGCAGAAAAUGUAGUCCAGAUAACACAGUGGAUUUGAAACAAGAAGAAUUAGCCAACAAUGAUGAUGAAGAUGAAUAUGUUCCAUUGUAUGAAAGAUUGAAGCUGAAAUUACAAUGUGACUUAGUGAAACUGUCAGAUAUUGUAGAAUGUAGUAAAUAAUAAAAUGUUUAAUCACCGCAGUUAAUAUGCACAAUGUUGUUAAUUUUUAGUUCAGCUGUGUUCUGCUGCAUUUGAUGUAUCUGUCUUGAGAAUAUAUUAACCUUUAUACAUUUUUAUUUCUUGGGAUUUUAUAGACAAAUAACAUUUACUUG